UGUCCUUAUGAUGAACUUCAAUCAAGGUUUCAGCAGUAUGCCCCAGAGCCACUGCCACUCUCUCAGUAACGUCUACAGUGUCGCUCCACUCUCUGCCAUCGUGCAUGGGUCUAAUCUCAGAAGUUUUGAGGAUGGAUUGUUUUUACCCAGCAGCUGCCAUGGGAGGACUUGGUUCCUAGACAACUUUCAAGAAAGCUGCAGUGAAACUACCAGCUUCAGAGUGCCCAGCUGUGAGCAAGAACUGUGCACAAAAGAGAGCUGUGUGCAAAGUGCCUGCCUCCCCAGAGUGGUCCAAAUGACUUGCUUUAAUUCCAAGCCCUAUGAAAGGACAGCAUGCCAAUCAGGAAGAUCCUCAGCAGUGUUGGAGCAUGUUUCCCAGCCUUGCCCAUCAGGGAGCCGCCAGCAAAUGGGUUUUAUAGACCAGAGCUGCCAACUUGAAAGUUAUGUGGCAAAGAGUUGUCCACCCAAAACCUUUGUGUCCCAGAGUUGCCAAAUUCUGGAAUGUGAAUCUAGCCAAUGCCGACUUCAGAGCCCUGAGCCCAGAGUCUGUAGGCCUCUGGUCUAUGUCCCUCCCAGGCCACAACUCUUGGAAUCUUCUUACACUUAUGAACCAACCUGCUGUGUUACUGGUGGCUUGUAUUUGCCUAGUAAGUGAAGAAUCUGUAAAACAUGUAGGGAAGAUAACAUAUUCUAAUUUAGAGAAAUUGAUUCUUGAGAU